CGUAUACAUUUCCACCAGUGACUUCCCUUGCCACAAAACGUGGUGCCAUGUCGGCCUUUGUGACAGGUGGCAGUCGUGGGAUCGGCCUGGCCUUGGUGCAGGCGAUUCUCCGAGAGAACCCUGGAAGCCGCGUAGUGGCGGCUGCACGAACGGUAUCAGAGCCCUUGGAGGCACUGAAGGCCCAGUAUAGCAACAGACUCUUGGUGGUGAACCUGGAUCUCACUGAGGAGGCCUCCAUCCAAGAUGCGACGCAAGCGACAGAAGAUUUCUGCCAAGGCUCAUUGCAGCUCUUGGUGCACAAUGCUGGGCUUAUGCAUCCCAGUGGCCGUGGUGAAAACUCCAUAACGCGUCUUGACAUGAACUCCUUCAACAAGGUGAUGGCAACCAAUGUCGUUGGCCCGGCCUUGCUUACAAAGGCUUUGUAUCCGCGACUGAAAUCUGCUGGGCAGAAAGAGCCCAGCAAGGUGGUGGCAGUGGGUGCUGGUGUAGCAUCCAUCAGUGGCAACCAGGCUGGCGGAUGGUAUUCGUAUCGGACCUCUAAGACUGCAAUGAACGCCUUCAUGAAAAACCUUUCCAUUGAAGGUGCCCGCCACAAUGUGACCGCCUUUUCGCUCUAUCCACAAAUGGUGGAUACAACUCUCUCCAAGCCCUACGUCAAGGGAAACCCUUAUCCAGAACUAAGAAGUCCAGAGGCCGAGCUUAUCAAGUGUCAGAUCUUCUUAGCCGUCAGCCCUGUGACUUUUUGGGCCUGGCUUCUUAUUCAUGUCACAAGUUUGUUGAGACAGUUUUGGUUGGUCAUGAGUUUUAAUUUUUCAACGUUCUAGCUCUCUCACUGCCAGUAGUCUUGCGAGUCACAGCUGAAUGUUUCAGGGCUCAAAAACAACCUUUAACCUUGGGAGGAGACUGCCGAACGGAUGUUGGAAUUGACACUUCAAGUGCAAUGGGGGCCAAGGGGAGUGAGUGCAGUCGAUGAUAGAGGGGAGACUGGGGUUCAACUGUCUCGCCACUUCGUGGCUAUCCUGGAAGCUGCUCUCUUUUUGGGUCGAGAGGGAAACUUUAUGUAUCGUUACUUUACCCUUAACUUUUGCAUACGUUCUGCUACUUCAACAAGUUUGAGGCUUCAGCAAAAACGCAAGUGCGUAGGCUGGAUGCUUGCGAAAGCAAACCACAAUGAACGCUCCUGGGUUCUUCGAGGUGAACACUGUGAAGGAUCCGAGAUGGGAGCCAGUCACUCCACGUUGAAAUCCAAGAAACAUCGAUCUCUCCUUCGACAACACUCAACAACUCACAUGUUUUUAGUUGG